CUUUCUUUGAUUAUUUUGUUCUCUCUGGCUUAUAUUGAAGUAAGAAUCUGUCAAAAAGUAAAAUGUAAAGAAAACAAACCUAUCGAAAAGAGAACCUUACGCCGUUCGUUUCUCAAAUGGAAUCUAAAGAACUUCCAAACAUUUUAUUAAAAUGCCUAUUAUGCUGCCGCUUAAAUGACCCAAGCAUUGGAUUUAUUGAAAUUGGUAAAAAACAAAUGCCUAAUUCCAAGAAAACCGUAAAAUCAGUUAUGAUACAUUUAAGCAAGUGCAUUAAAAGGGAUUACGACUUUAAUUUUUACUCCUGUAUGUGCAUUCCUUGCUUUGAAAAAUUAACAAUAUACGACGAAUUGAUGGUUCGACUAUUAACUCAUCAAAAAGAACUUGGACAAAUGUUGGAUGAAUCAAUGAAAAUGGUAGAAGAAAACGACGAGAAAUCCGUUCAAGUUGAUUAUGAAGAUGACUAUAAAAUUGAUAUUGUAAUUGAGGAGCUUGAUAAGGAAACCCAAUCUAUAAAAAAUGAAGUUGAUAGUGAAUCCAACUCCAAUAGUGACGAUGGAAAUAACCUCAGCGAAAAUAACGAUUUAACAAAGCGUUCAUUUUCCUGCACCAUCUGUGAAAAUAAGUUCAAAUCUAAAAGAUCCCUACAAAUUCACCUUAAAACUCAUCUUAAAUUUGUAUCAUGUUCAAUUUGUGGAGUGCCAAAGAAGGAUGAAGAAUAUCUUGAACUACACAUGAACACCCACGAAGGUAAAACUGAAAAAGAAUGUCGUUAUUGCCCAAAAAAAUACAGUCGUCGUUCUCACGUAAUACGCCACAUGCAUCUUCACUGGGACAAGAAAAAAUUUCAAUGCGAAAAGUGUGGGGUACGAUUUUCACAAGCGUAUAUUUUGUAUAAUCAUAAAAUGAACCAUGAAGCUGAAGAAAAACCUAUAAUUUGUGACAUUUGUCAGCAAUCUUUUAAGUCAAGGAGAACUUUUAAGCAUCAUAUGAUCACACAUCAAGAAGAUCGUCCAAUGUAUCCAUGCGAAAUUUGUGGCAAAGUUUUUUCGCAAAAGUAUACAAUAAAGGCGCAUUUGAAAACGCACACCCAUGACAUUGAAUCAAAUCCCUCAAACACAACUAAAAAGACUAAUGCUUCAAAAAAGCACGAAACACAGAUUUCUUGCAUUAUAUGUGAUAAAGUUAUGGGAGCAAAGGAAUCGUUAGAGGUACACAUGGCGGAACAACAUGAUGUUAUCAGCGAAUUGGAAGAAAAUAUUUUCAUCAUAUUUGAUAAAGUUUUCAAAAGAGAUCCACACGUAUUAAAGAAAAUCAAAAUUAUCAAAGGUGAUGUUCUAGAAAAAGGUCUUGGAAUAUGUGAUAGUGAUUUGCACGAACUAAUAUCAAAAGUUGACAUAAUAUUUCAUUGUGCUGCUAAUGUUCGAUUUGAUCAGCCUCUUAGACCGAUGAUUGAGAUGAAUGUGGGUGGUACGCAUAAGAUGUUGCAAUUGGCUGAAAAAUUAACCAACCUUAAGGUUGUAGUGCAUGUAUCCACAUCAUACUGCCAAUGCAAUGAAAGUAUAUUAGAAGAGAGGCCGUAUCAACCACCCAAUGACCCACAUGAAAUUCUUGCAAUGGUGCGCUCAUUGGAUGAAAAUGCACUACAAGAAGUCACACCUAGGUUGCUAAAAGGUUUACCAAACACAUAUGCUUAUAGUAAGGCACUGGCAGAGGGAUUAGUUCAAUCUUUUAACAGAAAAUUUCCCAUUGUAAUUUGUAGACCCUCUAUAGUAACUGCAUCACUAAAAGAACCACUACCCGGAUGGGUUGAAGGUGUAAACGGACCAACGGGGUUGAUGAUAGCUGGCGCUAGAGGUGUUCUCCGUUCUAUGCAUUGCAACCCUGAUUAUCCUGCCACUAUUAUUCCAGUUGACACCGCUAUUAAUGCACUUAUUGCAGCAGCUUGGGAUUGUGGCAGCAAAUUAGAAAAUGACUCUCAUCGUAAGUUUUCGGCGCCUCGCCAUGGUUCCAUGGCUUUCUACCCCAAAAAGCGUGCAGCUAGACACCGUGGAAAGGUUAAGGCCUUCCCUAAAGAUGAUGCCUCCAAACCAGUGCAUCUAACUUGCUUUGUUGGAUACAAGGCCGGUAUGACUCACAUUGUACGUGAGGCUGACCGUCCUGGAUCAAAGAUCAACAAGAAGGAAGUUGUUGAGGCUGUUACCGUUUUGGAAACACCACCAAUGAUUGUUGUAGGAGCUGUUGGUUACAUUGAAACUCCAUUCGGUCUACGUGCCCUCGUUAACGUCUGGGCCCAGCACUUGUCUGAAGAAUGCCGUCGUCGUUUCUACAAGAACUGGUAUAAGAGCAAGAAGAAGGCUUUCACCAAGGCCAGCAAGAAAUGGACCGAUGAUGUCGGUAAGAAGAGCAUUGAGAAUGACUUCAGAAAGAUGAUCCGUUAUUGCAAGGUCAUCCGUGUCAUUGCCCACUCUCAGAUCCGUUUGAUCAAGCAACGCCAAAAGAAGGCUCACAUCAUGGAAAUCCAAUUGAACGGUGGUUCAAUUGAGGACAAGGUUAAAUGGGUCAAGGAGCACUUGGAACAAGCUGUGCCCGUCUCAAAGGUCUUCGGACAAGAUGAGGUUAUUGACUGCGUUGGUGUUACCAAGGGUAAGGGAUUCAAGGGUGUGACCAGCCGUUGGCACACAAAGAAAUUGCCACGCAAGACGCACAAGGGUCUGCGUAAGGUCGCCUGUAUUGGUGCUUGGCAUCCAAGUCGUGUAUCCUUCACUGUAGCACGUGCCGGUCAGAAGGGUUACCAUCACCGUACCGAGAUCAACAAGAAGAUCUACCGCAUUGGAGCUGGUAUCCACACUAAGGAUGGCAAGGUCAUUAAGAACAAUGCAUCGACUGAGUACGAUUUGACCGAUAAGAGCAUUACCCCAAUGGGUGGUUUCCCCCAUUAUGGUGAAGUUAACAAUGACUUUGUCAUGCUUAAGGGAUGUUGCAUUGGUUCCAAGAAACGUGUUAUUACCUUGCGUAAAUCACUUUUGGUCCACACCAGCCGCAAAGCUUUGGAACAAAUCAAGCUUAAGUUCAUCGAUACAUCGUCCAAGAUGGGUCAUGGUCGCUUCCAGUCUGCCGCCGACAAAUUGGCAUUCAUGGGACCACUCAAGAAGGACCGCAUCAAGGAAGAACAGGCUUUACCAUGUAAGUGUCAAAAUAGGAAAAUCGAUGUAAACAUUUGUUGUGUUGCUUUUCCAUUACUAGUUCCUCCCUGCAUCCUGCAUCCUGUAUCCUUUAUCCUUUCCAAAUUCCUUUCAAAUUGUGAAAUAAAAAUGGAGUGUAUAACCAAGGAAACACAACAUUCCGAAAUAAACACUAUCGUUAAAAUAACCACCGCCGCCGGAAAUGGAAAUCCCUUAAGAUACACUUGUUUCAAAUGUUUGAAAGAGUUUGAUUGCCAGAUUGCUAUGCUGAAUCACAUUGAAGACGAGCAUUUCCUAGCAACUUGUGAUAAAUGUAACAAAAACUUUCCCACCGAAAAGAGGCUGAAGAAACACUUAAGGGAUGCUCACUUGUCUGGAAAGUUUCCAUGUCCUAUAUGUAAUAAGUUAUUCACGCGUAAAGAUCAUUGCAAAGACCAUAUUUACACACAUUCCGAGAAGCCCCUGUUUCGUUGCGAAUUCGAAAACUGUGGCAAACUUUUCCGCCAGUCGAUUAAUCUUAAACAACAUGAGCGGGUACACACUGGGGUCUAUCGCAAAAAUUGUCCUAUAUGCAACGAAAGUGUUGUGCAAUUAUCCAAACAUUUGUAUUCACAUUUAGAAACUAAGUUGCAUCCGUGUAAUUAUUGCGAUAAAUCCUUUACGAGGCGUUCUUACAUGCGAGAACAUGAAAAGAUUCACCGAGGAGAAGCAGGAUUUUUCUGUGAAGAAUGCCGAAUGGAAUUUAAAUCAUCUAAUGCACUCUACAAGCAUACUCGGAGUAAACACAAUGCAGAGAGCUAUAGUUGUGAAGUUUCGGGAUGCACACAAGUGUUCAAUAGGAAAGACAAUAUGAAGUCGCAUAUGAGGCGAAAACAUGAAAUAGUACAAAAUAUUGAAUCUUAGAUGUAAUUAAUUUUUAUGAUUACUUGCAAGCCUGCUUUUACAAUGUGUUGUGAUUUUAUUUUUAAGCCUAGUACAAUUUUUCAAUAGUUUACACAAAGCUUUUCAUGUCUACUAUUUUUAUUUUUAUUUACAAUUUUUAUUUUUAUUUAAAUUUACUACAGAGCUUUACUUUUAGAAUAAGAACUAUUUCAUUGCAUAAAACUGACUUAUUUUUUUUUUUAUUUUUUUAUGGCAAUUUAAACAAAAACCUAAUCAUUAUUUAAAUAUAGCAUACAAAAACAUAAUAUUACGAGAAACCAAAGAAUUGAAAACUAUUUAUAAGCGUUAGUAAAUAAGUACACAAAACAAUAAGAUCAUUAUAAUUAUUAGGUCCUUAUAAUUAUGACUAAUGAAUCGCCGGUUGAAUUAUCUUAAAUAAUUAAAUUGUCAACCUAAUGGAAAGUCGUUUGAUAUUUGUCAUACCACGACUGAAAUGGUUUCCCCAAAGUUAACUUUGAGUCAAAGGUUCGAUUCACUGGUCAUAAUAUGACCCUUAACUUUUCAAUACCUAGCGAAAUUUAUUUAUUUAUUUUAUUAGCAAUGGAAUUGAUUUAUUUUAUUAUGAAACGACACCGUCUACUUUUAGCUGUGCAUACUUAGACAAAUUUUGGCGAGACUCAUUUUUUGGUCUUCCAUAAUAUCGUAGUUAUAAUUUUAUGUCUAGUCCAUCUAUAUAUUUAAUUAUUUAUUAAUUUAUUUAAAUUAUUACUGCUGAUUGAUAUAAUAAAAGA